CGAUAAAACAAAUUGUAGAAAAACUUUGAAUCCAAUUCACAUACGUUAGAAGUAUGGCUUGAAAUCAUGUUUUUUAUUAUAGUAUUGUCAAUCCUAAUUAUAUUACAAUACAAUCAAAUAAUUUUCCACAUAUAACGAUAAAUUGGAAUUUUUGAAUUACAAUAAUAAAAAAAUUGGAUAAUAGCCGGCAAUAAAUAUUUAUGGAUGGCUAAACUCAAUCAAAUAUAAAUUGUCAAGCAAAGACCUGUCAUUUGUAUUCUUCCUAUCAUAUUAAUUUAGUUGUUUCCUCUGAAUGUCUGCGAAUCCAGUCAAUCCGUCGAAGACGAUGCCAUCGAAUAAAUUUAUUUCGAAUGCCGAAGCUCAAAAUGUGAAUGUAAAAUGUUUGACUGAUGUUCAAAUCUCUUCAGAAUAUCGAUUUUCCUUCUAUUUGGAACGAUCAAUGAUCGACACAUUUCAAUCAUUUCUUCAUGAUUUAUUCCAUCAAUUAUAUCAAAUGAACAUUGGAAAAUCUUCUAUUUCAUAUAAGUUCACAUUCAUCGAAUUUCUUGAUCAUUUUCGCAAAAUACCGUCGGAUUUACGAAAAUUAUAUGAAUUCGAUGAGGAAUUUAUUGGCAAUAAUUAUAAGAAAUAUUCUGACUUUAUUAAAUGUCAAUUCGCCUAUCAAAUUGAUUCGAAAAAUUCCAUUGAUGACGAUCAGGAUCGACAAAAAUUCGCCUGGAUUCAAGCUCAUGUACGUUAUCGAAUUCGUCAACUUUCGCUACGAUUGUCCCGGUUGAAUGAUAAUUUUCUCAAUUUUUUACCUUCGAUUCGAUUCGAUUUUCGUGAUUCAUAUCGUCGAUUAAAACAAUUAGCCGCUACCAACGCGAAAGUACAUAGUCUAUUCAAAUGUUGUCGCGAACAAAUUAAAAAAGUCGAUUCUGAUCCCAAAAGAUGGUGCCUUAGUUUUAAUGGCGGUAAGGAUUGCACCGUAUUGUUACACACGUUAGCUACUAUUUAUCAGGCUAAUCUCAACAACAAUCAAUCGGAGAAUUCAUUGAUAAAUUUAUUAUGGAUAAAAACAUCGGAACUUUUUCCCGAACAAGAACUCUACUUGAAACGUAUUCAAGCAUUCUAUGGUUGUCGAAUGAACAUUUAUCCGGGAGCUGAUUUAAAAUCUGCUCUAUAUGAUGUACAUAAAAAUCAAACGUUUGAAUUAAUUUUUAUGGGAUGUCGUAGAACCGAUUUUGAAGAAAAAAUUGGUCAAAAACUAACGACUGUACAACCCACCGAUAUGGGCUGGCCAGAAUUCAUUCGGAUUAAUCCGUUAUUGGAUUGGUCAUAUCAAGAUGUGUGGCAAUUUUUACUUAAUCUUCAAGUGCCUUAUUGUCCCCUAUAUGAUUAUGGAUAUACAUCGAUUGAUCGUCCGGAAAAUACACAUCCAAAUCCAGCCUUGUUGAUUCGACAUUUCAACGAUAGUUUGAAACAAAACUUUCAAAAAUCAAUCAAUGACAGAAAUGAAACAUCCGAGUUGUCAACAAGAAUUGGCCUUGACGAUGAUGAUAAAAACAAUCGUGAUGUUGAUGAAAUAUAUUUGCCUGCCUAUUUACUUCGUCGCGAUGAUAUGGAACGAAGUUGUCGCCAUUAAUUUUUGUCUUCCAUUAAAUAUUUUUUUUAUGAAU